UUGAUGUAAAUCUUGCAGUUUACAAGAAGUAUUUAUUUCAGCAAGUAAUCGAUGAGUGGUUUUUGCACGUUCCAUGUUACAACAUGAAGGAUCUGGCACUGGACAAGCCCAUCAAAUGUCCUCCCGACGACCCAAGUCUGACCAAAGGAACCAACGGCAUAAACUUCAAGGGAUCAACAUGCAUCACCGACCAGUUUGGUUGCGCGAUGAUCUACAACGAGGAGUACAAGAUGAACGUCAUCUCGAUGGACGACCUCCGGAGCUGCGGUCCGGGCAAAAUCCACGCGUUCGUGGCGCGGUCGCUGGGCGCGCGCAGCCCGAUCCAGGAGCCGGACCGCAACGAGCACGUCACCGUCAACUUCGAGAACGUCGAGAUCGGCCUCUCGGAGCGCUACUUCGAGAGCGACCAGUGGCGCGACGAGUACCCCGUGCUGCUCGAGGACCUCGACCACUGCCGCAAGACCUCGGAGGAGGUGUACCAGAUGAAGACGGCCACCUUCAGCACGGGCAUCUUCGACUACGGCUCGGUGCUGGUGCCGGAGACGUUCCAGUACUCGAACCCGCUCGAUCCGCGUCCGGUGACUGUCACCAAGGAGAUCUACGAGCAGGUGCGGCUGGACCGCUCCAAGUACGGCAGCGACUUCCGCCUGCAGCUGACGGGCAACGACCUCUACCGCAUGCGGCUCUUCUUCACCUGCGGCUCCAAUGCCAAGUGCUUCAAGAAGGACGGCGUCUGCAAGAACAUGGGCUUCAUCGCGUCAAGCCCGCUGAUCGACCUGAACAACCGACCGGAGGACCCGGUGAGCUGCGAGUGCUUCUGCCCGUACUCCGACCUGAAGGGUCAGUUCUGCGAGGACAACACCUUCAUGAAGUACAAGUACCUCAACACGAAGGCCUCGUGCUUCGGCUUCAUCACCAAGAGCGGCGACGUGCACGUGGAGAAGCUGCGCGGUCAGCUGCACCAGCAGCGCGGGCGCAACGUGCUGGCUCCGAUGGGCGCCGGCUCCUACAUCUACAAGGAGCGCGAGAUAUUCUCUGACAAGGAGGCGAGGGCCCUGACGCAGGACCAGGACACGCUCCUGGCGUUGUUCCAGCCGCCGAUCAAUGUCAGGAAGACGGGAGGACUGGCGGCCGCGCCCGACGUCUGGGUCUCCAAACAGUGGUGCACGUUCAUCUGGGCACCCCCGAGCAAGAAGAGAGCCAUCGUCACCGUGAACGCGUCCCGACUUUGGCAGUCGGACGAGUUCACGCAGCAGCUGCCGGCCGUCACCAAGAGCCUGAUCGACAAGAAGGGCGACUGCCAGAGGGCGCUCAAGUUCGUGCACUCCCACGGCCCGGACCAGGCCAAGCUGCGCACCAAGUGCUUCUCGGCCAUCUACUUCCCGCCGGAGCGGCCCUACAUGAUCUGGAGCAACACGAGCGCGCUCACUGCCUACAUCUACUGGGACUGGUACCUCUCCCAGCGGAUCCCGCGGCAGCUGAAGCACGCAAUGAAGCUGACCUUGACCACACGGUUCGAACUGGCUCCCGCCUACACGCUGGGCUCCAAGCCGGCCAAGCCGCCGCCCAAGCUUGUCGAACGGCCUGAUCCGCCGCUCGUGAAGGGUACGACCGAGAUGUGGAUGAAUCCCAAGCAUCCCAUGGACGACUGGUUCGCUUCAGUGCGCAACAACAACACGAAGAAGAUCGUGCUGUUCGUGCUGGCCCUGCUGCUCAGUUUGGCUAUGUUGGGUGGAGCCGGCUACCUCCUCUACUACUUUUUAGUGAAGAAGCCGGCGCAGGACGACGACGAGGGCUACGAAAAGGCGGAAACGGAAUUCACCACGCCGGUGGCCGGCACAGAGCCCGGCAGCGAGGAGAACCUGAAGCAGGAAUAGUGGCUCGGUCUCCGACGGCCUCACUGGCGACAUCUAUAUGGGCCAUUCGAAAGCUACCUGGCCAAGCACCAAAUCUUCAUCCACCAUGACGCCGUUGAUAAAUAGCAAUGGAUUACAGAAACAGCUCAAACGGCGUGUUAUUUUAGCACCUUUUAUCAUUUUGUUUCCAUGAUCGCCUCACCAUGCUGGACGAUCCAAGAUGUCAAUCAGUCUGUGAAGCGUGUCUUUCUGCUCUAAAUUCUUCGAGUGAGGCGUCAUAGCUCAAAUCAUGUGGAUUCGUAACCUCGCCGUGAAGCGCUUAUGUGACGGCGGUUGUAUUCCCAUUCCAAACAUAGACCUUCGGUUCUGCAGCUGAACGAAGUUGAGGUAUCGACACCUACUAUAUAAAUGAAGUGUGAUAGGCCUAAAUGUGAAAGAGCGGUGCGGAGGUGGAACAGAUGCUAUCAAAGCAGCCCACGUCAUUGGGAUAAGCAUCGUUCAAAUGGCAAGGGUAAUCGGGCAAAAUGGCAAAGGUAAUCGGGCAAAAUGGAACCCUGCGUUACAUUACCAAAAUGCUACCUGUUCGUACCAACUCUAAUCAAGGGCUUAUACAUUCUAAAUCUCGACACGCUUAUUUCUGACUAGCCAUCAAACUGAGCAGGAGCACUGACAUGUCAGCUACUUUGUUCGGGGAC